AGGAUUAAUCCGGAAGCGACCUGUUUUAAUUUGUUUUAAACCUAUUAAGACCGAAACCAAAUAGAAUCGAGCAAAACACGUUAGAUCUUUUUUUGUAUUCUUAAGAUGGGAAGAAGACUUGUGAAUUAUGAUGAAAAAGUCCCUCGGUUGGUAGCAACUAGCAAAUGUGGGCAUGAUUCUGCCAAUGAGGCCACAGACAACCAAUUGUACGCGUAUUUCAUAGAGGCAUCUGCUUUCCGGAUUGAGCGUCGUCUGAAGAACUGGAACCCUUCCUCUAAGAAGGUGGAGAAGCUCAUCAAGUUAGUGUCGGCUACAAAGAGGGCCGAGUGCCGUGUGAUGCGUUGGGCAAUGGGAGAAGAGUCAGUCUUCUCAAAAGGCCGGGACUAUGAUCAGCAGUCCGCCUCUAGGGCGUUUUCAAGAACCAUAGGUCCGCUGCUCGUUUUUCUUGGAUUCUGGGAACUCAAGAGGACUGCCUCUUACGCGUGGGACUCCUACAAGGAGGAUUUGGCUGCUGCGGAGUUGAAUGCGAAGCUUCUGAUUAUUAGCAAAGAGUCAGCUGCAAAGAUGGAAGAGACUCAGUCAAAAGCCAAGGAGCUUACAGAUGAAAUCAAGACGACUCUUGAAGACUUGAACAAGAAGAUUCUUCUCAUCGCUACGAAGAAUGAGAAGAAUGAAAAGAAGACUCCCUAGUUUUUUUUUUGAUUGUUUUUGGUUGCGUUUUGGACCUUUGGAUAUUAUUUGGAACGAUUUUUGCCCAUUCCCAUUAUCUUUGACCAUCAAAAAGGUCAAAAAGAAAAGAAAAAAAACAAUACGUU